AUGACCACCCACACCACCCUCACUACACCCCGUCUCCUCCUCCGCGAAGCUCGCCCAUCAGAUGCAGAAGCACUCUUCGAAGCAUUCAGUGACCCUGAAGUGAUGCGGUAUUGGAGUACACCACCUCAUCCAGAUAUCGCAUGUACGGAAAACUGGAUUGCGGGUAUGAUCGAGUCGGCACAGAAUGGUGUCACGGAUUUUGUUAUUUGUUUGAGAUCUGGAGUUGAAGUUGAGUCUGAGGAGGACGUCUCGGGACCGAUAGGUAAGAUAGGGAUCUAUGCGAGUCGGCCGUCGAAUGAGAUUGGGUUCUUGUUAAGUCGGCAGUAUUGGGGUAAGAGAUAUACGAAGGAGGCGUUGGGUGUGGUAUUGGAGUAUUUGUUUAGUCUUGAGAAUCAGGACUCGCACGAUGUCGGAAGAGCUGGUGGUGGUGAUGCGAAAGGUCUCAUCGAGUGGACGGUGCUUACGGAGGACGAGCUCAUGAGUCGGUGGCUGUAUCCGUCGAUAACGGCAGACACAGAUCCGAGGAAUGCCGCAUCGAUCGGGUUGUUGAAGCAGCUUGAAUUUGUAGAGAAUGGAUGCCAGAAAGAGAGUUUGGUGGUUGGUGAUGAGAUUGUUGAUAGUCUGUACCUGAAGCUGGAAAGGGAGAUAUGGCUGCAAAGAGAUGCUCAGUGA